AUGAAUACUGACAUUCCAGCUCAUGUGGUAUUGAGCCAUUGUACAUCAGAGUACCAGGCUAACAGUCCGAGCGAGGACCGCAGCGUGAACGUUGUAAAGUCAACGGAUACUGGUGUUCAGAUCAACGCAGUUUUUGAUGGGCAUGGCGGCUCGAGAGCAGUAGAUCACCUCUGCUCAUCGCUUUGUCAAGAUAUACUUGCUGAAAUUACAUCCGACAGCUCUAGUGAUGAGAUCCACGCUAUAGUCGAUAACGCUUUUUCUCGCUCUGACGAGAAAUUCAAGCAGUCACUGUUAGCUCUUGAUCCCACCAUCCGCAUGUCGAAGGGCUACUGCAACGCUGGGUCGUGCGCUGUCAUCGCGUUGUUCAUUCACAAGGUGCUUUGUGUCGCAAAUGUCGGAGACUGUGCUGCUGUGCUAGGAAAGAAAAACAAGGAGACUGGAGAACUACAGGCGGUCGAAGUAUCAGCUGAUCAUUCGUGCGACAACUUGCAUGAGACCAAGCUAGUGAUUGAGCGCUCGCAUGAUCGCAACGCUAUUAGGAUGAGCAAAGAUGAUUUAGCCGCUGGAUUAGGCAUCGCGGGUGCUCAACGCGUGGCUGGUAGCCUGGCAAUGACACGUGCGUUCGGUGAUUUCUACCUCAAGUGUCCAGAGCUCAGUAUGGCGCCAUUCAAGAGCAAAGUACCAUACAUCACAUCGAAACCUAGCAUAUCUACCAUUUACAUGGAUGGUAGCGAAAAGUAUGUCAUACUGGCAAGUGAUGGUCUGUGGGAUGUCGUGACGCCAGAAGAGGCUGUCCAGAUCGUGGACAAAUUUGACUCGAAGCAUUCUUUGUUCUUUACGGACGCAAGUGCUGCCCUCAUUCAUGCAGCCCUGGAGAAGAUUGCGCACCGAGAUGGAUUGAUGAUGCACGAACUGAUGUCGAUGCCGCAAGGCUCUGUACGGAGGCGUUUACAUGACGAUAUCACAUGCACCGUAGUGCGGAUUAAACACCAGAAUGGCGCGCAACAGCUGAGCACGGCUCACCCCGAUACGAGCCGGACCACUCCUGACAUUUGA